UUGGGAGCCCAUGCAAGGAAGGCACAAGGAAGCUUAGGAGCCCAUGCCACCCAAGCCGGCACGGCGGCGGGUGAGUCGAUCGGCGGCCGUGAGUGGAACACACCGGCCGACUACGCUACACCCUACACGCAUAGGGCCUCGCUCGCAAGUCACUUGUCCGAACCAGCCACAAGCAAUGCCUGUCUUACUCCGAUCACGAAGCAACUCCGCCAUAGUAGACUAGCAGUAGCACUCUACCGGCCCGGAAAGAAAGAAGAGGAUUACCGGCGAAAUCUUCCUUCCUUUCUCUUACUUCCCGGCCUGGCUCACUCCACCCGCUGCCACCUUAAAGAAACCAACCGAUGCAGAUUAUCCAUCCAGCAAGCACCGAUCCGUCCGUCUAAAACCCCUGAUCCAAAGACAAAAAAGAUACUAUCGGAGUAACCAUGGGGCUGUGCGCGUCGAUGCUGCGACGGAGGGCCAAGCAGCGGCACCCGGAGCCGAGGCGCGGCACGCCGACGGCGCUGUUCGUCGUCAGGGGCGAGGGCGACCGCCGGCCGGAGGCGCUCGUGCUCCGGGUGCAGGACUCCGGCCGACCGCAGCUCCAGAAACCACCUGCUAAUGUGGCACCCAGAAGGCAGGAGAGAUGCAGCCGGCAGCAAGCCGCGGACGCGCCGGACAGGACGGUCCGUGCUCAGGCUCAGCCUCCUCGGUUGGGUAGUGCCAGUACCAGAAGCACCGCCGGGAUCGAGCCGGGUGCGCCGCUGUCCACGCGCAAGACGGCGACGGCCGGCCGAGGGGACCCGGUGAUGCAGGGGCGGUACGGGACGCCGUCGAUGGCACCACCGACGACAACGGCCUCGCCGCUGAUAGUGCCCGGGACGCCGGCGUCGGCGGCGAUGACGCCGGGGCGGCCGGUGUGGCAGAGGAGGAUACUGAUGGGGAUGCGGUGCGAGCUGCCGCGGUUCAGCGGCCUCCUGCUCUACGACGAGCACGGCCGGCCGAUGCACAUCGCCACCCCGGGCCGAAGGAACCACCGCCAGGGGAAGAAGAAGACUGCCACUGCCAGGACACCUUCCACGACAACUCUCAGGGACCUCCUAUAGUUAGUUUGUUUGUUGCGACCAGUUGACAGAGGCUGAAGGAAUACUCUGCUGUAAAACAGCAAACACAAGUCAUGUGAAUAUGUGAUACUUAUAUGAAAUGGAUUCGCUGUUCAUAGAAGACAUUUGUUUUACUGACCAAGCUUCUCAUGUGACAUGGUUAAUUAUGCCAUGUCACAUUGUCCUAGACCAAGAAUUGGUCGUGCUGUUAUUCUAGAAAAAAAUAAAGAAUUGGUCGUGAAGGCAGGUUAAGGUUAAGUUUAAGCCCCUGCCUCCUCCUGUUUGGCUCUGCUAUGAACUGAGCACAGCAACCCAGACAAGAAGCAGAAUGAAACUGAAACUAUGAAGCAGACACCUAAAUGCCACUGCCUGACAGCACACAAUGCACUUUGCAAUCAAUUAGGAGUGAUGGACACUUCUUUGCACAUCAACUAAUACACAGGCUGAAUAAAAAAGAAAAAGGAGAGAG